CCCGCCCCGCGCUCCCUGGGCCGCGGCGCCGGGGAUGCGGCAGCCGCCGGGCACCGCGGGGCUGUAGCCGCCGGCCGCGGCCCCGGAGCCCAUGGGCUGUGCCCACCGACGCCUGGGUGUUGUAGGGUCCCGGCAGAGCUGGCCAUGAUGUUAUGGUUUGUGGUCGGUGCCCUCCUCCCAGCACUGCUCCUGGCUGCACCGCCCCCCAUCAACAAGCUCGCCCUCUUCCCCGACAAGAGCGCUUGGUGCGAGGCCAAGAACAUCACCCAGAUCGUGGGGCACAGCGGCUGCGAGUCCAAGUCCAUCCAGAACAGGGCCUGCCUGGGGCAGUGUUUCAGCUACAGCGUCCCCAACACCUUCCCUCAGUCCACAGAGUCCCUGGUUCACUGUGACUCCUGCAUGCCAGCGCAGUCCAUGUGGGAAAUCGUGACCCUGGACUGCCCAGGCAACGACGAGAUCCCCAGGGUGGACAAGCUGGUGGAGAAGAUCCUUCACUGCAGCUGCCAGGCGUGCGGGAAGGAGCCCAGCCACGAGGGAGCCCUGUUCAACGUCUACCUGAACGCCGAGGAGAACAUGCCUGCCGAAGGUCCCGGCCCCCAUCACUACGGCCACCACCACCAGCAGGAGGUGGAGGAACCUCCUGCCUCCAGUCACCACCAUCACCAUGAGGAGGAGGGGGACGAGUGACCCGGCCCCUGUGGACUGUCCCUGUGUGUGUGUGUGUGUGUGUGCGGGACAGGGAUGGGGUUUGGGGAGGGAGGGGGGGUGGAGUCUUUCCUGUCCCGUAGCUGCCCUCCCGCUUUGCUCUCCGUGGUCCCCCAGGGAAGCAGGAAUGUUGUGAGGCACAGGCAGGGCUGAGGGCUCCGUGUUGUCGGAUGCAAAACGACUUGCACAUAAUAGUAAUAAUAUAUUGAGAGGAGCAGGGACACGGAUGAGGGGGUUUUGGCUGAGAGCAGAGCCUGAGCUGAGCUCCCCAGGUGCUGUCUGCAGGCUCCUGACCCGUGUGGAGCCCUUCCCGAGUCCUGGGUUUUCCUCUUGUAAAUGGCUCAUCCCUGGGGUGCAGGAGGAAGGGAUGUGUCUCAGACCCACAGGAGAUGCGCAGCUCUCCUGUGUGGGACCGGCUGCAUCCCUUCUUCCUCCUUCCAUCCCUGCCUGCCUCAGGAGCUGAGCUGGACACGCUGUUCCCUGCUGGAUCUUCAUUCAACCCCAACCCUCUUGUGCCAGCAGCUCCUGGGGAGCGUUUUCCCCCAGGAUGUGUCGCUGGGGCCGUGUGAGGUGGUUGGGAUCCGUGAUGGUGACGGCCUUCACCUUCCUGGUCCCUGGGGCCACCACGAGGGAGCUGGAUCGUGCCAUGGGCACUGCUGUGGCUCACAGGGGAAGGCCAAGAGCAGGCUGGGGGGGAGCCAGCCCCUCUGCCCCCACUCCCUGCUGCACUUUAAGGGUGGUGGAGGGAGAGGGGGACGAGUGCCAGGGUGCAGAUGGAGCCUUGCAGGGGCUGCUUGUGCCGGGCUGGGGGCCCCUCCUGCUCCCCCUUUCUCUCUGUUGUAUGGAGCUGGUUUCUUUGGCGCUGCCCUGACAAGAGCUUCCAGAGCUUGUACUCGAUGCCCCCCCUCCGAUUUACAAGGAUUUUGGUUGGGUUUGGUUGGGUUUGUGUUUCUGAAAUAAAUGGGUUCUGACUCCCACCCCUCA